AUGGCAUCGACGCGCGCUUCCAAGACCCCCGCGGGCGCGGCGACGACCUCCACGACGACGCGGCGCGACAAGCACGGAAACGUCAUGGACGCUCGGUAUUACUUCCGCCAGUACUGCGGUCUCGUCUGCACGCUGUGCUCGUUCGCCUCGAUCGUUCUCGCCGCGCACGUCCGCAACGAGGCGGGGCAAUCCGCGGACUUGAAGCCGUUCAUCUGGGGCGCCGUCGGGUUCGGGCUCGUGGGCGCGCUCUUGCACGAGCUGAGACCGUAUCAGAGCAAGACGACGAUGACGUUCGACAAGGCCGCGGUGGAGGCGCGCAAGGCGGAGAUCGCGGCGGGUGCGAAGGAGAGCGAGAGCAAAAAGGCGAAGUGA